AUGCCGAAAAGGAUAGAAUAUGCCUCGUGCUUCGGCAGAACAAUUGAAGGAAACGACGAAGAAGAAGAAGAUGGCCAGCCCGCGACGGCACAAUCCCAAAAAAUUGUGGUGCGAGCUGCUCGGCUGAUAUUCGUGAAUUACGAUGAUAUAGACUACUGGAGACCGCACGGGGUACGGUGCGAGAUCGUGGUGGAUAGUCAGACUCAGUCUUUAUUUGUUGUGCGCGACUACAGCGACACGUUUACCAGCCGAUACCCGAUUGACUUCAAUGGAUUUAUGGCCACCCUUGCUCGUCUCAGCCGUACUAUCAAGAAGAUUCAUGCUAGAUUCGAGCCGAAUCCCACGGCUCUGGAAAAGUACUACGGUUGGAAGAGGCCGAGGAUGGAAGAAGAUGCUGCAUUUGAGCGAUACGGCUCAGAAAUUCCAUGGGAAUGCGAAGAAUGCAAAGAAUUGUGGAGUGAAGGAUGGGGAAGGAAUUGGCAAUACAAAAACUUUGGACCCUACGAAAGAGCCCCAAUAGAGAUGACUUGGGAUUAUGAGAAAUAUCCAUCCAUCCACUAUUUCACAUCGUUUAUCGAUCUGGCAAUUUGCCCAUCUCGGCCACAACAAUCGGGAUAUUUACAUGAAACGCGGAUUGCUCAGCCGCAGCACCCCCAGAUAGUCCGUAACCCAUUCGACGAUGCCAGAUAUCCCGAUAUUCCAUUAUUUCUGAAAAAGUACGAAAGACACCUUCGAACACUUCAUAAUGGAAUGAUGACAUUUCUUGAUGAUACGGAUGCUGAUCUAGAAUUAUUGGCCAAAUGGAUGCCAGAAGAGCUUGACUUUGACGAGUUGGUUGUUUCAGAGCCGCAUAGAUUCCGAAUUGAAGUUUAUGGCAAAGUGUUCCUCUGCGCCAUAUACAAGUCUCGAUUUCCGGACAGAGACCUCGAUCCAGCCACCUACUUGUUAAUUUUCGACAAA